CCAUGGCGGCGCCGGGUGGCGGGCCCUGAGCGCCGCGGCGGGCGCGCACCAUGAACUCGUGGGACGCGGGCCUGGCGGGGCUGCUGGUGGGCACGAUGGGCGUCUCGCUGCUGUCCAACGCGCUGGUGCUGCUGUGCCUGCUGCACAGCGCCGACAUCCGCCGCCAGGCGCCGGCGCUCUUCACCCUCAACCUCACGUGCGGCAACCUGCUGUGCACCGUGCUCAACAUGCCGCUCACGCUGGCCGGCGUCGUGGCGCAGCGGCAGCCCGCCGGGGACCGCCUGUGCCGCCUGGCCGCCUUCCUCGACACCUUCCUGGCCACCAACUCCAUGCUCAGCAUGGCGGCGCUCAGCAUCGACCGCUGGGUGGCCGUGGUCUUCCCGCUGAGCUACCGCGCCAAGAUGCGCCUCCGCGACGCCGCGCUCAUGGUGGCCUACACGUGGCUGCACGCGCUCGCCUUCCCCGCCGCCGCGCUCGCCCUGUCCUGGCUCGGCUUCCACCAGCUGUACGCGUCGUGCACGCUGUGCAGCCGGCGGCCGGACGAGCGCCUGCGCUUCGCCGUCUUCACGGGCGCCUUCCACGCGCUCAGCUUCCUGCUGUCCUUCGUCGUGCUCUGCUGCACGUACCUCAAGGUGCUCAAGGUGGCUCGCUUCCACUGCAAGCGCAUCGACGUGAUCACCAUGCAGACGCUCGUGCUGCUCGUGGACAUCCACCCCAGUGUGCGGGAGCGCUGUCUGGAGGAACAGAAAAGGAGGCGGCAGCGUGCCACCAAGAAGAUCAGCACCUUCAUAGGGACCUUCCUUGUAUGCUUCGCACCCUAUGUGAUCACCAGGCUGGUGGAGCUGUCCUCCUCGGUGCCCAUCGGCUCCCACUGGGGGGUGCUGUCCAAGUGCUUGGCCUACAGCAAGGCCGCGUCGGACCCCUUCGUGUACUCCUUACUGCGACACCAGUACCGCAAAAGCUGCAAAGAGAUCCUGAACAGGAUCCUCCACAGACGCUCCCUCCACUCCUCGGGCCUCACGGGCGACUCCCACAGCCAGAACAUUCUGCCGGUCUCCGAGUGAAGGACGCCGCUCUUGCUGGAGAUGGAGGAAUGAGACAGUUGGUGAGAAGCAGGGAGGGAGGGCUUGGGGUCCUGGGUGGACUCCCCCAGCUGCCACCCCCCUGGCCGGCCCAGCGAUGCCUGCUCCCUGGUUCCUCAAGGGCAGAGGUUGGACCGUCCCUGUUUUGCACCAAAGGAUGACCAUGGUUACUCGCUCUGGGCUUUCCUUUCAGAGGAGCUCCUUUGAGCUCCUGGACUCAACCAGAGACUCCCCAGGAGUGACGACAAGUCUGGUCACGAUCAAGGACAUGCAGCGCUGGUGGCAGGUGGGGAAGCAUGGUGUCCACCUGCUCCCUAACCACUGGGCAUUGGGCUUCACGCUGAAGAGUGGUGGUGGUCUCCAUGGGACGUGAGUCAUGCUGAACGUGAGGUUGGCAGCAGCCUUUCGGCCUUACCUCCAGCAUGGCUGCUCUUCUCCACGUGGUCGUGGUGGCGGCUUUAACCCAAAUAUCAUCCAGCUGGUAGUCACCAAAUUGUGCUCAGCUGGGACUCGGGACCCUGAGUCCCAGGGGAAAAUGUUGAACAACUUGCAGCUGCCCCAUUGUGGCCGAGCAGUGGUCUUAGAAAUGGUUCUGUUGGGUUGAACUCUGGUCCACCACGUGCCCACAAGAGCCAACAUUUGCGUGUGUAGACAAUCUUAGCCUGAAAAUGGUUUAAAUAGGUAGUCACCUUCUUCUGAUUCACCUGUCCUAACUGCUGGAGCCAAGGAGAGGCAGGAGGAAGGAGGCUGCCUGGUGCCCCCACCCCUGGUUGUGACCUGAAUUUGCAGGAGGCCCUUUACCUCCUCUCAUGCAUCUCGUCUACCCCGUCCUGUGAGAGGCACCUACAAGAACUGACCCGAGCAGGGGUUUGAUGGGUUUGAUAUUGGUUCUAAGGCCCUGGGUUCCGUGAUCCCAGUGGCUACACAUCUGGUUUCUGUGAGUCUAUCAGCAGAAAGUCGAGGCUGUUCCAGGUGAUCAAGAAUGUGCCCUGCGCUAGUGAAGGGAGGGUGACAUUUUUAUGGAAAAUGAUAGCUUCAAUACCUUUGCCAAACCAUUAGCAGCUCCAUCUUGAUUUACAGAAAGCCAAGGUGAGUGGGCCGUGCUCUCUGCCCAUCUGUCUUUGUUUAUCAUUUUGGAUGAUGUGUGAAGGCCAAGAGGGUUACUUCUCCGUCCUCUGUUCUGAUGCCUCUGGGGUGGAAAAGACGGGGAGCCACCGACGCUGAUGGCUAGUCCCUCUUUCCAGCUCUCUGUGCCCUAGCUUUGGAAGUACAGUGGGAGGACACUGUCCAGCACAGACCAAGUGGCAAGAGUCUAACAUUUUUUUCUGCCGAGGGUCCCAGUAUGGAAAGACAGAGAAGUGUUGUGCACAUUUCCUUGAAAAGAUGUUGUGGAACUUACCUUAGCUCCCCAUUUAGAAAAGAGAUAGCUGAGCCCAGCCUAGUCUUGCCUACUUCCCAGGUUUUCACGGGACAGGCAUAGCCUCCCAGGCCUUGGCACCUGUCAGUUGGAGGUGUGCUCACACCUGCCUGGAGGAGCCCGUGGGGCACAUGCCUCGCCAAUUCUGUGUUGAGGGACAUCACCUUGGUAGCUUGAAAUCAGCCAUGAUGGGAAUACUUAUGCCAAGAAAAUCAGCAAAAUCUAAAACCAGGACUUUCGCCCUGAGAGCCGGUGGUCCAGCAUCCCCCAGCACACCACUGCCCAGACAUGACUUUGUGCUCUGAUUCACAGCACGUUCAUUUGAAUCAAGUUUGAGUCACAGCAGACAUUCAUUUUGGUGGAACUUUCCUAGUGACAAGCAGCUGUUCAUACCCACCCCACGGUCCCAACCCCAAAAGUACCAAUGAGGUUGCAAACAAGAAUGGAGCCAAGAAGGUAGGCACAAUUGAAUCCUACAAUCUCCCUUUCCAUGCAAAUAUUCUCCAAAUUGGGCGACAGAGGAGUAGUGACCUAGUAGAUGAGGCUAGUAGACAGUCAAGUUCAAGCAACAACCUUGUUUCAUCUGAGUUGGGGAAUGACUAUGUCAAAUUCUCUUUCUUCUUGUUCUAUGUAUGCGACCUGUUAUACUCCCAGAGGCAAAUGGAUCUCUUUUACCUCUUCCUGAGCUAAAAAAAACAAAACAAAAAAAACACAAAAGAUCUCUCACCCACAAUAGCACGAAUCUUAGAAAGAUACAUAUCAUAAUUUUUGCCAAGCUCCUAGGACUGCUAAAGUAAAAACACACACCGUAAAACCAGUUGUGUUGGCAUCAUGUAGACAAAAGACCAAAGAAGUCAGCCGAGGGGGUGUUUUCACUAUUGUUCAGACAGGCAUUAAAAGGCAAGGAGAAGCAAGGAGAAAACAUUAGCGGUCAGCACCAACCAGCUCAGCUGUAAUUACCUUUAGAUGAGUGUUGGUGUUCAUCGAUACCCAGUCUAUAAAAUUCUCCCCUGGCUUCGUUAUUCCCAGGUGAAUUAUCUACCUCAUUUGCUAAUUUAAUUUAUCAAAUGCAACAUGGGUUUCUCAGGUAAAACACUCAGAAACAGCGAGAUCAGAGGGUCCAGGAAUCCUUACUUGACUUCAGUCUAGUGUCAGGCUCGAUGUGUAAGGCCCAGACUCUGGUGGAUGCUGGAUCAGGUGGGAAAGAGCUUCAGGAAGCUUGGAACUGAAGCCUGGCCUGGGUGAGGGGCGGGGGUCUGAUUCCUGCCCCUCCCCCCCACCAGGGCUCUGUCUCUGGCCCUACACAAGCAGAAAUGUAGAUUUAAUUCCUGCCCUGCGAGGCUUUUUCAGUCACCCUGCAACUACUCUAGCUUUUUCUUGUACUUCCUCUAGAAAGAGAGGACACCAGAGCUCUAGGACCCCGCCUGACGGACCACCAGCUCAGGUGAGGGUCCUGGCAUCUGGAGGUUUGUGUGUCUCAUGGUCAGCUGACCUCCGGGAGCGAUGCUGCUAAGGGCCAGCCUGUUUUUAUUUAGGAAGCAGCUGGGGCAUGAGGGAAGUUGACUCGAGCCCCCUGAUACCAACGGCCCAUGCCUUCUGGGGUUCAGCUCAGUCUCCUGUCACCCUGAGCAAUAAACCUCUCUUGUGUCUCUGAAAUUAGUUUUCUUUCUCAUGGUGCUCUUCUCUCGGAGAGAAGACAGACAGGACAGGCCAUGCCCACGUGCAGGCAGGGAGACGAUGCCUGGGGUAUGGCCUAUGGCCGUGCAUUUCUAGAAUGUAACCCAAAUGCAGGAUAACUCAGAUGGCCCAUGGUCUUAACGAGGAUAUUUUAUCAGGUGCCAGAAAUUCCUUGCAUCAGCUCCUUUCCUUUGGAUCAUGAGCACCCCAGGGGAGAGUGAGGUCCUGGAUAUAUUUGUGGCUCCCGCCCCCUUUCUGGAAGGUCUAAAGCACCUGGAACAGCUUUUGGCGUGUGAACUUGAUUAUCCACAGGAAACACCAAGGGAGCGUGUUUAAGAUGCAGAUUGCUGUCCCCCUCCUCGGAGAUUGGCCCAAGGCAGCCUGGGAUUCUGCAUGGUCGAACCUCCGUGCCCGAGACUGCAGCCGGUGGCCUCCCAGCUCUCCUCUGAGAAGGGGAUCUGGGACACGUGGACAAACUCUGUGGAAAGCUGGGCCUUUCUAAAUAUCUCUGUUUGUCUUGUAGCUUUCCCCAAAUCUCCAGACAGUUCAAUCUUCAGCCUCAUUUAAGGGCUGAGUCAUUUUGCUCUCAGAGCGACAAAGCGCUCACUCCGUGAAAUUCUGAAAUUCUAAAAACCCGUCUUCAGAGACUCUGGUGGAAGAGCUGCCACCCUCCCCUCCAGAGGUAUUUGCAAAGCAGCCUCAUUCCAUUCCCAGGGGCUCCCUGGUCAAGUGCGUGUGUCCGCGGGGGGUCGGCAGAACAUAGCAGCAACCGCCGGGACACUUUGUUAGAGAGCAGGAAGCUGGCUCUUAGAGGGUCCCAUGGGGACACGUGCUUGGGUAUCCUCUCCGCCUCUGCCUGGGCAGCCCGGCUGUGGGAGCCGAUGGCCUCUGGGUCCUCUGCUGCCAACCACAGCUAGCCCAACGCUCUUCCCACCCAGCCUCACUCCCUGGGAGUGGAGCCAGGCCAAGGUCAGGCCAGAGGGAGACAGUGCGGAAUGCUGACCCCUGGGUGUGGGUCUGUUUUUGGUUCCCCACUUCAUCCAGCAAGGCUGACCCAGCCUGGGCCCCCCGGGAGCAGCUCCUCAUAGUGACCGUGGUCCGUAGCCCUAAAGCUCGUGGGUACUGAGUGAAACUUACAAGCCAGUACUGUGCUGAGUGCUUUCGGGUCACGUUUCCAUGGGUCAUCACCAUGACCCUAGGACGUAGGGACUGACAUCUCCUUUUCAGACUGCUGGGAAGGUCUGUAAGUCCUGGAGCAGCAGUUAGAGAUGUGUGAGGGGUAACACAAAACAGACCAUGGGCUCCAGAAGGGCAGGCUAGUGCCGAUAGGAAGUCCCCAGCCGCACCCAGCUUGGGGCAGCUGGAGGCACAGCGGGCGUCUUUCCAUCCCCAGCAGAGAACCCCUU